AUGGAACUCACUAUCCUUCACUUCAACGAUGUGUAUCACAUAUCCGACUCUGAACUCGUUGCUAAAUUUGCCUCCGUGCUUUCGAACCCCAGCCAUGUCACUGGCGAUAGCAGCGCCCAGAGCGGCCCCAUCUUGCGCGUCUUCAGCGGCGAUGCCUUUUCGCCGUCCUUGGAAGCGGCCGUGUUGCGCGGAGACCACAUGGCGCCGCUCUUGGAUGGUCUUGGAAUAGACGUAGCGUGCUAUGGAAAUCAUGACUUUGACUUCGGUGAAGACCGGCUCGUGGAGCUUGCCAGUCAGAUCACCUUCCCCUGGACCCUUGCCAACGCAGUUGCGCCGACACAGGAUGGCGAGGGACAUGGGCGCCUACUUGCGGGUGCUCACGAGUACGUGAUCAAAGAAGUGGCGGGGUACAAACUGGGUUUCUUUGGAUUAUCUGGCAGCACACUGUCCGGCCCAGAGCGGGUAGAUCUACUACUGGGGGGUCAUGACCACCACGUCGUGCACCGGAAUGCCUCAGACACGAAUGCGAACCCCAAGGUUCUUCAUCCCGGCUUUGAUUUCCAAGACUCUGCUAUGACCGAGCACGAUGGCGAGUUUCGAAUCGUCAAAAGCGGCACCAACUGGAGAGGGCUUUCGAUCAUUCGACUACGACUUGGCAGCAAGGAUGAAGGCGAGCCGCCGAUACUCGGCAUGUCUUUGCGCCAAAUCGUGGAUUUUAAACGCGUUCCGAAUUACCACCACAUCCCCGUCUGUCAGGCAACGCUGGACAUUCUACAAGAGACUCACCACAAGAUUGAACGGGUUGUCACGCAGCCUUUAUUCCGCACCGACUCGCCACUUGACGGGAGGGGUCAUGUAAUCCGAAUUCAGGAAACAAAUCUAGGAAAUAUGCUCGCCGAUGUCGUCAGAGCAUUCCAUGACACUGAUAUUGGCUUCGUCAACAGCGGCGCCAUACGCUGCGAUCGCAUUGUAGAGUGCAACAACGGCGCGGCUCUUUGCAUCCGUGACGCGAUUGAGAUUUUCCCUUUCGGUAACGCUUUGAUUAUCAAGCGGGUCAGUGGAAAAGUGCUCGCCCAGGCUCUGGAGAAUUCCGUUUCCGAUGCCCACACGGACGGAAGAUUUCUGCAGCUUUGCGGUCUGAGCAUCAAGCUGGACUGGAGGUAUCCAGAAGGUUCUCGGGUCAGAGAGAUACUUUUUCAUCCACAGAACGAUGUGGCUCGGCCCUUGGAGCUAGAUCGCAUGUACACUGUGACUAUGGCAGACUUUAUCGGCUCCGGUUUCGAUGGAUACACUUGCUUCCGGGACUGCGAGGCCUUGGUUGAUGCCGAAGGAGCCAUCACAGACACAAAUAUGCUGCUUGAGAUAUUCAAAAUCAAGUCGAAGAUGCUGCGGCUACUGGGCCAGACCAUGUUUACCACGCCAGGACAAAAGUCUAGGCGACAAUAG